AUGAGUGCGCGCAGCGACGCGAGCGACAGCGCCGACGACGACGACGCCUACGCCUCGCUCGACCACCUCGACGCGCACCACGCGCUCGCGCACCUGCACAGCGCCGACGCCCACGCGCUCCUCUCGGCGCUCGACCACGAGGACGACGACAACGUCUCGCCGUCUCUCCGCGCGCUGCUCGCGCAGCUCGAGACCCCCACCCCUAGCGCCACUUCAACUUCCGACUCGGCCCUGUCGCUUGCACAUCUGAUAUCGAGCGCAUCCGCCACGGGCAUUGCCACCAAUCAGACGCGCCCCUGUCUCUUCCAGCACGUCCGCGCGCAAUUACACGCCGACGCGCCGGUCACUACGCAGCUCGAAGGGCUCUCGACGCUCUGUGAGACGCUCUCGCUGUCUACAGAAGACGCGCUGGCCGUCGCGGGCUUCCGCGUCGACGCGUUCGUGCCGCUGAUCGUGACGCUCCUGCGUCACUCGCUGUCCACGGACGUGCUCCUCUUGGCGGCGCGCGCGCUGUCAAUGACGCUCGAGCUGUUUCCCAGCGCAGCCAUUCCAUUGGCUGCAAGUGAGCACGUGAUUGGUGCAUUAUGCGCCAAACUCGUGGAAAUCCAGUACAUAGACGUGGCGGAACUGGCGCUCCAGAUGCUUGAAGUCAUGGUGUGCAAAGCCGAGACGGCGCUCCAUUCCGCUAACAGUAGCACCAGUCGGUUCCUGAUGGUGCCGGUAUUAUCGUCCACAGCCCCGGCGCCAGCAGCUGCGCCAGCUCAUGUCGCGAAACUCUGUGCGCAGUACCGACUCCAAGUCAUUGAAGAGAACGGAUUCGUCGCGGUGCUGCAGUUUAUCGACUUUUUCCCACUGGAGAUUCAGCGCCGAGCUGCUCGGAUCGUCAGUCAAUUGGCUACGGACUUUCCACUGGCAAUGGAGACGCAACUGCGGCACGGGUUGCCGUUUCUUACCAACCUCUUGCGGUCACUGGACAAUGAUGUCGUGCAGAGCACGGUCGCGUGUUUGCAGAAGCUUGGGGAAAGCAAAGCGUUCACACAGAGUCACGAGUUUGCACAAAUGAUUGCAACGGAGGAGAUCUGUGCACUGCUACUGGACAAGCUAGCGGUGUUUGCUGGUGUGGACGGAGGAGACGAAGCUGCAGCUGCAGUGGCGGUGCCGCUGUCGUUGCCAUUGGCACCAGUAGGGUACACUAGUAUAUUGCGCUUUUUCGCGUGUCUACUGUCUUGUGUCCCAAGUGAUCUGGGUGCAACGACGGACGUUCUGGGUACGUCGCAUUUGCGCUUUGUCAAGUUGCCGCAUAUUGUGACAGCAUUGCUGGCGAAACAAGAAGUUUUGUCGGAGAACCAGCUACUUCGCGAGACGCUCAAGCUGGUGCUAGUUGUCGUGCCUUUUGUGAACGAUGUUUUUUCAGCAGAUGCAGCGAUUCCACCGGCAACGCUCACGUUAGCGCGUGGUAUAUUGCCGCUGAUCACACGCGUCUACGACGCGACUUCCCGACCGGAUUUGCGAUACGACUGUCUCGGCGUCAUCUCUCGAUGCUGCUCAUUGGUGUAUGCUGAUUGGCAGCCAUUCAAAGUUGAAGAACGAACUGAGCUGGCGCGGCUUGCCGCUUUUCUUGCGCGAGUGCUGCGUCCCAACCGCACUGGCACGACAGCUCAUUCGAAGCACAAAGCGGAUAGCGACUUUGUGCUGAUAGAGCUUGCGCUGAAACUUGUCGAGAUGCCUCUACAGCAUACUGGUGCUCGAGAGGCGACAAAAGAAGAUUACGAGCGGUAUGGUGUCACAAAUAUCAUCCGCUAUUACGCAUCUACUAUCGUCGAGCCCGAGGAAGACAAAGAUAAAAGUGACCUGCAGAGUAUUCGCCCCAUCGCAGUUCGACUUGUUCGUGAUUACUUGGGUGACAAAAGUUCGGUUGUAAGCGUUAUGGUGCGCUUUGAGCGACUUGUGGACGACCUGCAGACGGCGCUGAUUUCCAGCAGUACAACCGGAAACGAUCAGACUGCAUCGCUACUGGAUGUGCUAUUACAGUUGCGGGAAUUUGUCGUUGAAGGAAACGACACUUUGACUGCUCAUGAAAUUGCUUGCAGCGGAUUGGUGAAAGUACUCAUUCGGAUUUUGUCGUUUGACAAGAGCCAGCAAGCGUUUUCGCAAAUGCUAACGAUGCAAGGAGCGGGUAGCGGUGGGUUAGAAUUUGUGACUUUGCUUUCGCGGUGUUUGCAAGAUGCCAUCUCUUCGGAAAAAGAUGUGUUUGUGGUUUCUGCCGCGGACUCGUCGUCUGCGAGUCUUUCAUCUGGUAGCAUUGUGACGGAUUUGGACCAAUUAACUCAGCAUAUCAAGGUGCAUGUGUUGAUUGAGGAAGAAAAACGAGCAUUUGAGCCUGACAUUAAAGACCGAGACAUUGAUCAGGCGGCCCCUUACGAUCGCCACGAUAUGGCAGAGCACGGGGCAAAACGAAAUUCGUUGAUGCGAAACCGGAAGAACAGGUGUAGUUUGAACAAGCGCGCCGUUCACGACACAGUCGUGCUGGUAGAACCUCUUGCUCGGAUCGAAACAAUGGAAGUCUUUAUCGCGGAUAAGCUGUUUGGCAGAGAUCGAAACACUGAUGUUAUUUCUGACGAAUUGUCAGAGGAAGACGAUGAGAGCGGGGGAACUGAAGUUGAAGAGCGUGAAGAGUUUCUAAGGGAUGACAUAGAGUUGCGAAGAGUGGUUGCAGUAUAUAAAGGACAGGUGCUUCCAGCAGACAUGAGUAUUUUAGAGGCUAUUGUAAAGUUUGGUGACCUCGACGCGACUGGUCAUGUAAAGUCCGAUUUGGAUGCACCUGGAUCGACAUCCAAGAGUUUGCCGACAUCCGGAUCUCCUUUAUGGACAGCGUCUCCUCAUGCUAUCACGUUCCGAGUAGCAGCUGCCCCGAUCUCUGUAGAUGACGUUGCCACCAUGGAGCCUGCUAGUGCGGAUUCUAAGAUCGUUGUGGCAUCAUCGUUUUUGUCUAAACCAGCAGGCAUGGAUGAGGCGGAGCAGUGGUGGGAUGAUGUAUGGGACUUAUUGUUGCUGCUAAAACUCCUACGAGAGCAGUGUAGUAGGAUGCCGUUCGGAACACAGCUUCAUUUUGUGAACAGCUACCUUAGCCUUCAGGUGCGUCGUGCCUUGCAGCAGCCUGUAUGUAUUGUAGCGAACCACCUCCCAAAGUGGUGUUUUCGUCUCGUGUAUGAAUUCCCGUUCGUGCUCAAGUUCGAGACACGGUGCCAUUUCAUGUACGCAACUACGUGUGGUUGCUCGAGAGCUAUUCAGUAUUUAUGUCGGUCGGUGUGGAGAAAAGCUGUGAUGGAAGAACCAGCCCAGGUGCGACCCAGCACUAGUGCCGGCCGUCGUCGGUACCGUGACGGAACUAGUCGCACCCGGACGUCCGCCCUGGACAACGUGAUGCAAAUGGUAAAGCUUCCUCGGCUUAAAGUGCGAGUUGCGCGGUCGCGCCUUUUGCAGUCUGCGAUAAAGCUUUUGACACUGUAUGGUGGAAAAAAAGCAGUGAUUGAGAUUGAAUUUCUCGGGGAAGUCGGAACUGGUCUAGGGCCAACAACGGAGUUCUUUACUCUUGUAUGCCAGCAGAUACAGUCAAAGCAGUUGCAGCUUUGGUGGGAUGAUGACCGGAUCGUGUCUGGAGUUAGUCAUAGCGCGGAUGUAGAGCAAAAAUCGAAACAUGUUGGCGCCGACACAGAUCACUCCAAGACCAAUCAGGCCAAUGGCUCGCUUGCGAUACGAGGGUACCAUCGUGUUGCAGUGUACCACUGCCCGCGAUGCAAGGCACUUUGCAUUCCGGCCUGUCCCGUCCACCAACAGUUGCUUACGCGCGAGAACAGAGGUGUUGAUAGUGAGGGAGGUGCCCCAGGUCAAACUAGCGAGAAGGGUAGCCCGUGCUCGGCGCCAGAGCGCCGGCAACCAUCUAGACAUUCUAUUCCACAGUGUGCGCAAUGUUCAGAUAACCAAAAUUGGCAUUCUGCAGCAACUUCUUGUGACUGCAGCCCGAACCACGACGGUGAAGAAAAUGACAGCACGACGGAGCCCGCGUCUGGUUCCAUGCUAAAGUGGUGGAUUCUAAGUGACGAGGAAGCACAGUACCUUGCCAAGGUGUUUCCCACAGAUACCAAGCGGGUACAGCAUCCCGUGCUGCAGUGUGCGCACUGUGACACGGUGAACUUUCCCGGUACGGAUGCCGGCAUUGUUGUUAUGAAUGGAAAUCGCAUGGUUUCGCGGUCGGGUCGACGCAUGUUUGAGAGGGACUAUCGCGCUGUGACCAAGCAUGUAUCACCCCUGUGUGAGGGCACCCCGUUGAAUGUAAUGAUAUCUGCAAUCACUCGGCACGACGUGGAAAUGCUGGUGGAGAAUCUUGCGCGCAGUCCCGAUGUGUUGGAGUCGGAGGUAGAGUCGCUGAAUUAUCUUAGUGAAGCUGCUCUAUUGAACGGCACCGUCGGUGGUGGUCCACCUGUGGUGGCUCCUUUUGGUCUAUACCCCAAGCCUUACCUCUGCGACAAUGAAUUGGACGCGCAUAGAACAUCAGUCGAUAGUAUACCUGAGCCAAGUGGUUCCGACAGUUUGGAUGAAGACGCGUCUUCUUUCAGUGGAGAUGAGGUAGACGUGCUCGCAUGGUUUCGAUUCUUGGGCCGUUUCGUGAGUCAAGCUAUCCUGGACGAGCGGCUGCUAAACUUGCCGUUUGCUCGUCCAUUCGUGCGAUUGUUGCGCGGCGAGGUACUGGUGGGUAACGGUGUGAGUGUGGAGACAUCGCUUUCUUUCGUAGAAGAGCUGGAUCCGGUGUUGGCCAAGUCACUGCGCUACUUGCACGAUCUAGCAGUCCAAUAUGCCGUCAAGGAGGCGUCGGGAGACAUCGAGUCAGAUGACGUGGCUGCGUGGACUGCGGAGGUUGAUGCACUCUGCCGCUCCUUCACGAUGAUCGGUGCCGACGAGAUUCCGUUGCAACCGGAUGGCAAAGACAUCGCCGUGACGCUAUCGACACUGCGUCAGUAUGUGACGCUAAAUCUCGAGUUCUUGCUGGACCGGACAAUCAAGAGCCAAGUGCAAGCAUUCAAGCAAGGUUUCGAGCAAAUUUGCGGCGGCAAAGGAGACCGCCAGCUUUUUCGCUUCUUGCAGGCAUUUGAUGUGCACGAGCUCGAAGCACUGCUAAGUGAUCGUAGCUCUGGCAGCUCCAUCUGGGAUCGUGACGGUGUCGACUUGCGGGAACACAUGGUGUGUGACCACGGGUACACGGCAGAUAGUCGUGCGAUCGCCAACCUCGUGUCGAUUCUGUGUGAACUGUCGUUGGAUGAGCAGCGUCUCUUUGUGCGUUUUGUCACGGGUGCGAAUCGCCUGCCACUGGGUGGACUGCGCAACCUCGAGCCCAAGCUCACGGUCGUGCGCAAACUCGUACAGACCACCGAUGGUUCCCGUGCCAAGGAAAAUGACGCCGUGCUGCCGUCGGCUUCCACAUGCACGAAUUACCUGAAACUGCCGGACUAUUCGACGCGCGAGGUGAUGAAGCGGCGGUUGCUGUACUGCAUCAACGAGGGGCAGUGCAGCUUCCAUCUCUCGUAG